AUAGUGGCCUGGAUCAUGAACUCGUGAGUGACACACUCUCUGGCUCGGACAGGCUGAUGAUGAUUCGAAGGUGCGACUCAAUCAACCUUGAUGGCACGCAGAAGCCAUUGAACGAAGAGCGAGGGACAUAUGGGCAUGCCCAAAAGAUGCGUGCCUCUAUGACAUAUGUGUUUGGUAGGCUCCAGGGGCUUGGAAAUAUGUGGUGGCACGAGUCGGAUGUUGGAGGUGGUGUCAUGGUUGGCAAUCCCUCCAUAUCAACGGAGGUGUCCUCCUUCAUGUGCUCGCUCCAAUGUCGCAAGGUCAAGGCUGGCGAAGUGGCAACUAGUGCCCGUGCCAUAACAACGGACAUUCUGUUCAAACUUUACCACCACAACCACCUCGAUGAAAACUGGGCUAUUCAGCCUUACCAGCCUGGCGAGUGCCUCAACUCACACCACUGGGGCGGCGGCUGUGCUCGGAGGCUGCUGCAGGCCGCAUACACCAUAGCAUUUGUGUGCAUGCUGCGCUUCGAUGAAGUCCUCAAGAUCCAGGUGCACGACUUUGGAGUGUUCGAGAAGGGAGUGACACUACACCUUCCUUUCCGCAAGACACAUCAGAAUGGAGGUGUGUGA